CAGCCAAGUACUCCUGCUCUGUUAUCUCGCUGUCUGUCUCAGAUGACCACAGGAUGAAUCUGGCCCCCACCGCUGGUGUGAGGGAGUUCAGCGUUGUGAGCUCCUGGCACAUCUUUAUCUGUUUUCUGGGAAAUUUUGUCGCUGGCUCAUCUUUAUCUGUUUUCUGGGGAAUUUGGUCCCUGGGUUUGGCAUCUGAUGCUGUUCCCUGCUUGACCUUUCCAGCAGAGGUCUUCCAAACAUCAGGGUGCAUAAAUGCCAGAGGGCACUCACAGGUUUCCCACAUUGCUCUCCACUGGACAGAGGAACCAGACUUUGCAGUUGGACAUACAGGAGAAGGACCAAGAUGGGACCAAGGACCCUUUGCGGCCUCUUCCUCUGCCAUCUGAUCUGGCUUUCCUGCGGCAGCCCUGUGGAGGUCGUGGAAGGGAACGCGCCCACCGACGGACCGGAAGACCUGAGCUUCCUGCAAGCUGAAUACCGCCAAAUUCGGGAUUCAUUGUGCAACAAGAAAUGGACCCCCUGGGGCUUUUACUGCUACAGGUACUUCGAAACCCCCAGGUCAUUCAGUGAUGCAGAGGACGAAUGCCAGAGUUACAGUCGCAACGGCCACCUCGUGUCCGUCAGCACCAUGGAAAACAGUAACUUCCUUGCUAGACUGGUUCAGAAUUCUGUGUAUAAUGUGUGGAUUGGAUUGACUACUGCACAGGGGUGCAAAGCUUGGCGCUGGAGCGACGGCACAACCUACAAUGAACAAUUCACCUUUUGGGCUGACGAGCAGCCCCAUUUGUGCAACACCUCCAAACAAGCAUGUGUGCAGCUGACUCAAGACUCAAGAUUCUUCAAGUGGAAAGAUGCGGAUUGUGGGCUCACGAGUGGAUACAUUUGCGAAGUUCCUACGAGUUCACCCUGAAAGCGACAAUCACCUUUGGGGCAUGGUCUCAGAAAUCAGGAGCUCGAGACCAUCUCAAUUAUACCCCCCCCCCCAGAAUCCCAUUGAUUCUCUGCCCAAUGUACUCUUUACGGGCCUUUGCAUGUCUAUGUCCUUUUACUUGAUCCAUAUUAAAUCCGCACUGA